AAUAUGAGGCAUUUUAAAGUACCUGAAGAGUCUAGCUUAACUGGGAUCAUGUGUGCAUCAGAGGAUCUCGGUAGGACAGGGCUCCUUGGGGUAUAGAUACCCUCCACAUAGUGUUCAGAGAUCUAGAAGACCCAGAAUCCCUAGGAUGCUCCUGAUAAAAGAGCAAAAUAGAAAAGAAGAGGGACUUGAACUGGCUUCUUAGGACUUCAACUGAUUUGAAAAAUCCUUGAGAUUGUAUUUGGAUUAGGUCUCAAAACCCAGAUUUUAAGCCACUUGGCACUCACUGCCCAUGACUUCCUACAGAGCCAGGCAAUGGUGGGAACCUAAGCAGAGCCUCUCAAACCACUUUAAUGUAAACUUGUUCCUCCAAUCCUCUAAAAAGAUAACAAGACCCAAGGGAAGAGGCCUUUCUAGACCCAGGCUAAAUAAGUUAUCUUCAAGUCUAAUUUUAAGUAAAUAUUACAAAAGAGACUAAUCUUAUUAUAUUACUAGAGAAGCCACUGGGGCAUGUACCCCCUUUGAAUUUUUUAGCUGUAGAGCAAAAAAGUCAUCUCUGUUUUCUUGUCAAAUUCAGACUUGAUGAAAAUAGUUCCAUUUUUAUCUUACCGACCACAAGGUUUUUUCUUAACUCCCUUUCCCCUCCCUUACACCAUCAAAGCAGAAUUCUAGAAAUGAAGGUCACAAAUUAGGCCCCUGUUUAGCUGGCCUCAACUCAUCCAAUCCAGAAAACAAAACAAUAGUCUUCUCUUUCUUAAAAAAUAAACCUGGAAAGUGGCCCAAGAGCAGCCACAAUAUUCAUAUCCUUCAGUCUCUUAUCAAGUCUAUACAACUAGUUUAUGUGAACUGGUUUUAUGGCCAAGCGCCAAGUUCCCUCCCCCAAUUUUACCCACACUGACUUGCCAGGGGAAGUGAGAAAUUCAAUAUUUCACAGAGUGAAGGAAGUCUCUGGUCGGGAAGAGUUCAAUUUUCCUUUUCCAUUAAUAUUAUGAAAAUAAUCUCCUUUGUAUAUUUAUUUAAAGUUAUACUUGAAGACAAAAAAUCAUUUAGACCCUUGGUCCAGAGCAGCCUCUCCUCUUGGGCCUCAUUGUGUGUGUGUGUGUGUGUGUGUGUGUGUGUGUGUAUGUGUGUGUUUUAAGGGGUUGGGGAAGGAAGCCGUUUUACAUUAAAGAGAUUUGAGACUCUGUCCCUGGUUCCCACUGGAACCAGCUCUGUAGAAAACCAUGGAUAAUUUAAAAAUCCAGAACAACCUACUGAUGCUGGCUUGUUAUUUUACAUACUUAAUAUUGGGAUCUUUGAUAUUCCAAACCCUGGAGACAGACUUUGAGAAUAAUAUGAUAACAUCAGUGUAUGAAACAAAAGCUGCUUUCCUGAGGAAAAUUAAUAAUCUAACAGCAGAAGAUGUUGAAAUCUUUGUCAAGAAUAUGACUCGUGCUGCUCGAAAUGGAAUAUUUCCCCUAGGAAAUGUAUCAGACCACCAUACCAAUUGGGACUUUGUCAACUCCCUUUUCUUUGUGGGCUCCAUUGUAUCAACAAUAGGUUAUGGGAUUCUAUGUCCCAAGACAACUGGUGGGCAGCUUUUCUGUGUCAUCUUUGCUUUUUUUGGAAUCCCUUUAAAUAUCAUUUUCCUCCAGCAUGUGGGUAAGGCGCUUUCCCGGUUAAGUGCAAAGCUUGUGAAAUGCCUUAACAGGCAGGAAAUGAAUGAGAAAAAAAGCAGGUUUCUGACACUUCUGAUUUUCCUGAUGUCUGGAAUUAUCAUCUUUUUUGGGUUACCACCAUUUGUCUUCUGUUCAACAGAGGGCUGGACCUAUAAUGAAGGGCUUUACUUUACAUUCAUCACUCUAAGCACUGUUGGUUUUGGUGAUUAUGUAGUAGUGUUUCCUCUGCCUUAAUGAUGGGUCAAGCAUGCUACUCACAAGCUGUUCCUGCCACAGUAUCCCUGCAGGGUGCAACUUUUUAUUAGAAAAGUACAUGAGGAACCUACAGUUGGGGUGACAGCUCAUAUCAUCAUAAUAAAAGCUGUUUGUUUCAAAUAGAUUUGGGAGAGAAAUAUUGUUUGGUAAUUUUCAGGUGUGUCCAAGUCUUUGGGGUAUUCUUGGCAAAGGCAUAGGAGUAGUUUGGCAUUUCCUUCUCUAGUUCAUUUGACAGAUGAAGAAACUGAGGUAAAUACGAUUAAGAGUUUUGUCCAGGGUCACACAGAAAAUAUCUGAGGCCAGAUUUGAACUCAGGAAGAUCUUGACUCUAGGCCCAAAAUUCUAUCUACUGUGCCACCUACCUACUCUAUAAUUAAUUAUAAUGAUAAUCAGUAGCAGCAGCAGUAGUAAUAGUCAUAGUAGUGUUGUACUAAGUGAAUCAGUAUUCUGAUGAUCAAGUUAAAAUUUUGGAAGGUUAGGGAAUGAAAAAGAAUUACUUUACUGCUCUGGUAAGACUUGGUAGAUAGGUUUAAUUUUUUCUUUAAUUUUCAGAUCUAUAUUUUCUCUCUUCAAUUGCCAACCCCUCUGCCUCCUCCCUUAUUUGAGGCAGCAAGAAAAAUAAUACCUCUGGUACAAAUACAAAUACUCAAACGAAACAGAUUCCUACACUGGCCAUGUCUUCCCCACUCCUACCCAUUCCCAUCUGCAACCAAAUAAUAUGUUUAAAAUUGUACUCUGAGUCGAACACCCCACUCUUUCAGGAGGUGGGAAGCAUGCUUUAUUUUGAGUCCUCUAGAACUGCAAUUGGUCUUUGUAUUGAUCAAAACUCCUAAAUCUUUCAAAGUUGUUUGUCUUUGGAAUAUUAUUGCUAUUGUAUAAAUUGUUCUCUAGGUUCUACUCAUUUCAUUCUGCAUCAGUUCAUAUGAAUCUUCUCAUGUUUUCUGAAGUCAUCCCCUUCAUUGUUUCUUACAGUACAAUAAUAUUUAAUCACAUGCCAUUCCUCCUGACUGUUCCUGCAAAGAUACUUCAUCUCUCUUCUCAGAGCAUUGGCUGUCCCUUAUACCUGCAACACUGUCUUCUCCUUCACUCUGAUUACUGACCUCCCUGUAUUCCUGUAUAUGCCAAUUAAAAUCUCACUUUCUACAUGAAGCCUUCCCUAAUUCUGCUUACUUCUAAGUCCUUUCCCUCAAUUAUUUACUAUUUAUCCUGAACAUAGCUUACUUUGUAUUUGCUCAUUUGUAUUUUUUCCCUCAUUAGAUUGAAAGUGCCUUGAAGACAUUGACUGUCUUUGCCUCUUUUUGUAUCCCAAGAGGCACUUAGUAAAAUUUUAAUGGUUGAUUGAUUGAUUCAUCCAAUAUAUACAAAUGUUGGGUAGCCACUUCCCAAUUGGUGGACUCCUCUUCAGAAAUAAGUUUCACUACUAUAAUUGAAACUCACUUUAACACUAUUCAUUAUAUAUCAGAAUUUAUUAUAUGGUAGGUCCCUAGUCAGAAGCUGGUUUAUGAAAUAUAAAAAGAUCUUCAAUAUAACAGUAUUUCAUCUGGGAAGUUUUUCACAACCAAAAAAUAUUACAGUUAGAGGGAACCAGAUUUUCCACAUAUUAUAAACAGAAAAUAAAUACAUUUACUUUUUUUCUCCAUAGGCAAAACUGGAUUUCUAAACCUUGAAUUCAACCAUAUAAAGCAUUUUAUAUCUUUGUUUAAUUGUAAAUUCAUUUCUUCCUAUGUUGUAGAUUUUCUUAAGGUUGACUUUCUACAAAGAGGGCACCUUACAGUUUAUUUCAAUAUUUUGAUGGAUGUAUAAUCUCACCAACAUGAGCAUAUCACAACCCUUCCUUGCCUGCUUACUCUGCAUAAUUAUUGUCCUAUUGGGCAGGUAUCCAACCAAAAUUCUGGGGGCUUCCCUAAAGAUGUCUUGUCAUUGGGUGGAAAUGAGUGGUUACAUCUGUUGCUUCUUAAAUUACUUUCUCUCUUUUUAUGUGACUAUCCCAGCUCCUUUAUAUAUCUCUAAUAAGAUGACUUAUAUGACUGUUAAGAGUAAUUUUUCAUGGUGGCCCAAAACUGGAAAACGAGGGGAUGCCCAUCAAUUGGGGAAUGGCUGAACAAACUGUGGUAUAUGUUGGUGAUGGAGUACUAUUGUGCUAAAAGGAAUAAUAAAGUGGAGAAGUUCCAUGGAGACUGGAACAACCUCCAGGAAGUGAUGCAGAGCGAGAGGAGCAGAACCAGGAGAACAUUGUACACAGAGACUAAUACACUGUGGUACAAUUGAACACAAUGGAUUUCUCCAUUAGUGGCGGUGUAAUGUCCCUGAACAACUUGCAGGGACCCAGGAGAAAAAAACACCAUUCAUAAGCAAAGGAUAAACUAUGGGAGUGGAAACACCGAGGAAAAGCAACUGCCUGAAUACAGAGGUUGAGGGGACAUGACAGAGGACAGACUCUAAAUGAACACUCUAGUGCAAAUACUAUCAACAAAGCAAUGGGUUCAAAUCAAGAAAACAUCUAAUGCCCAGUGGACUUAUGCGUCGGCUAUGGGGGGUGGGGGGGAGGAAAAGAAAAUGAUCUUUAACGAAUAAUGCUUGGAAAUGAUCAAAUAAAAUAUAUUUAAAAAAAAAAAGAAAAGAAAAGAAAACCUAUUGAACCCGUGGGAGCAACCAACGUGAAUGUGCCAGUGCCACUGAAUCCUCGUUUUUGAAAGGCACGUACAGAGGAGGAGAAAAGAGCGGAAGAUGCCUGCAAAGAAAGACCAAAGCCUGGAGGAAUUGUCAGGGAUGAUGUAGCUCAGAAGUAACUGAAGCUGGGGAGAAAUUCCAAAGAAAACUCCUGAGGCUUUUUUAGCUUUGCUGGGAGGGAGGGAGGGGAUGAAAGAAGUGAUGGGAACACCUGGGGCAGAUGGGAUGAUGGGAAUGGAGCAAGAAAAAAGGCAGAGCUGCUCAAAAAAAAAAAAAGAGUAAUUUUUCAAGGGUUAAAAAAUGCAGCAGUUAAUUCACAACCACCUUGCACUUCUCCAUUGUCCUUUGGGUGGUGUGACCUAUAAAUUUAAUUCUUUAGAGACUGAUAUUUAAUGAUUUGCAGACAUACAGGUCAUCAUUGAAAGUAAUAUUGAUAAUGAUAGAUAAACAUUUGUUUCAGGAAGAAGCUUAGGAUCAUUAAAACAAUGAAUAAUUUCCCAAAUGCAAAUGAGAUAGUCCUUAACUCAGUUAAUUGGCCCAGCAAUUAAUACAGCAUUAUAUUUGUAUGUAUGGGGAGGAAGGUAGAGAGAGAAAAGAAGACAGACAGAGAUAGUCCAACUCUAUUGGAUGCCCAUCCAACCGAAUAUCAUUGUACAAUAGAUAUUCUUCAUCCAUUUGUAUGUUCUUGUGUGCAUAGUUAGGUUGAACUCUUUUGAAUGAUUAUAGGACUCUUUUGAAUGGAACAGCAGUGCUCCAGGGUAUAAUAUCAUUUUCAAAAAGUAGUAUCUGGAGUGUAAAAGAAUCUCUUUUUAAUUUGUACUCUUCCCUGGACACCUACCAUGAGAAUUGGAAAUAUCUGUUGCAAACAUAAGCUUCUCUGUUUUAUGUCUCACCUGAUAUUAAUAAUCAGAAACUUGGUCCUGGGUUCAAAUUUGACCAUAAAAACUUCUUAGUUGUGCUACUCUUGACCAGUUGCAAUUGCCUAUCCAUUCACACUCUUCUGCCUUGGAAGUGAUACUUAGUAUUGAUUUUAAGACAGAAGAUAAGGGUUAAAAAAUAAUACUAAUCAGAGAGUGGUUCAACAAAAAGAAUUUUGGGGGCAGCUAGGUAGUGAAUAGAGCACUAGGCCUAGAGUCAAGAGAACCUGGGUUCAAAUCUG